AUGUCGCAACCACCCUACCAAGGCUAUGAACACGCCGACCCAAUCCAUACUGCCCGCGGCGAAGUGGGUGGCGGCUCCUCAACUGGCGCCCAAGGCAUCCCAACAGGCCUCCACGACACACGAUCCGAUUACGAUGAAUCCAAGGGCUACAACUCUGCCACAGGAGCCAGUUACUCGCGAGCAUCGGCAGGAGGACCGACCCAGACCCACCAGCGACCGCUCUCACCGUCGCCUCGCAGCGAUGACCGGAUUGUAGGGGAUGCGCCGCUCCCGUACACGGCCAGUACAGCGCAGCGCGCGGAAAUGGGUGAUCGUUCGGCUCAUGGGACUCAUGGGUCUCAUGGACGGUCUGGUGAGAAGUUCGGGGAAAGAGUGAAGGAAGCUUUCGCGUCGGUUCAUGGCGCUGGAGAAUCAUUGCGUGGAAACUUGACUACCGCUGUUGAUCGGGCUUUUGGGUCUGAGGAUGGUGCUGAGCGGAAUCAAGAGAUUGCGAAUAGAGGCGAGGAGGAGUUUCGGACUGCCAAUGCCAGGUUUGGAGACAGUUGCACACUCGUACGACCUCAUGCUUUGAAACUGGUUGAUAAGCUUUCUUUUUCGGCAUAUAUCGUCAUGGCCUCAAUUUCCGCCGACCAACCGGCGUCGGAAAGCGGUGCGACGGCCGCCCCAACAAACUCGCACCAACAGGCAUUGUACCCCUCGGAGACGGCAUCCUCGAAUCUGCUCGGGUCAGACUCUCCCUCCCAAUAUUCGUCCUUCUCCAGCUCCGAUAGCGACGAACCACUGAGCGACGAACCCAUCCCGCACUCGACCGAGGUCACCGAUGAAGAUGCCGCCGGCGACGUGGUGGGGGUUAGCAUCGGGCGCGAGCAGAGCCGCAUGAAGGCCCGAGCAACCCCCGUGGAAGAGAAGAAUCGCGUGCUGGAACACCAGGGAUCAUAUUUUUCGACUAUACCGGAUACUAUAGGCGAGGAUGGUCUGUUUGCGUCGGAACUCACGGCCGAGCCUGAAACGGUGGAGCCCAAGGUUGAAAAAGCACUAGCACCAAAACCAAAACGAGCACCAACAUCGGCACCAAGACCAGCAACGGGCGGGGAAAGACGCGAACAUAAACCUAGGCCGUCAUACUCCUCCGCACAGUAUGAUGAGCCUGAACCAGGCAAGCUUGGGCAUGGCCCUCGCAGCGAUCUAUUUGCCUCGGCUCAUGAGAAAACCGGGUCGAAAGAUGCAGCCGGGAGCCAGCGGUCUGGUUUUGUCGGGGCCUUGUUGAAGAAUUCAUUACCUCGCCGGCCACGUGCCUGGUCCAACGAGUUGAAGAAAUUCCUACCUGACCUGACCUCUUUGAGGAAACGGCCUUCUCUCGCGUUCCGUGCCCACAAUGGCCAAAAUCGAAUUCGCAGCCAGACGGUAGCCCCUGCAGCUAAAAAACCCUUGAGCCAGCCGAAAAGAACAUCAUCGCUGGUCCUGCAUCAGAAACAGUCACCUCUUGCACCGAGCGGUUCAAGCAUCGACGAUGAAGGAGAAGCCGCUCAGUCGAUACCUGAGCUGCGCUCGCCAGAUGGAACCUCGGCCGCGAAACAUUCCUUUACACGGCGGCCUAGUUCAGUCAUGCCCGGUCGACCGCCAAGUUUGCGGAGGUCCUCGUCGGAUCAAUCGCUGUAUCUGCGUGCGUCUUCCACGGCAUCGUCCCUUGAGCAGCGACCAUUAUACGAGAAUGUACAUUCUCAGGUAAACAGCCGGUUCAAGGCAAUCAAAGAUAGUUUCCAAGACUCGAGUAACAGGCUGCUCAGCAUGCCGAAUCUCCAUCUGCAGGAUAUCCGCAAUGAGUGGGGUCAAUUCCUGCCAGAGCUUGGAAACGGUAACAACAACGGUGCUAGUAGUACUUCCAAAGAGGAACAAUCACCGCGGGCUGAAAGCCCACCGCUAACUCCGCGGCACAAUUCUAACUCAUCACAUCCAGUCUUGGAAGAAGCAAUGGAAGAGCUCACGGGCGAUGUUGUGAUCCUAGGAGGUUACCGGGGAUCAAUUUUGCGGUCUGCUAAGCCACCCCAUCGUCAACUUUGGGUGCCGAUGAAGGUUGGUCUGAAUCUGCGCAAAGUGGACUUGGAGGUCGGCUUGAAACCGGAGGACGAGGAACACAUGGAGGAGACCAUCAUUCCAUCCGGGGUUCUGUCCCACGUGGGCCCGGUGGACGUCUGUCGACGAUUGAUGAAGCGGUUACGCAGGAGCGAGAAUGCCCAGCGUGGUGAAAUGCGCGUCCACGAUUAUGGAUAUGACUGGCGUCUAAGCCCCGAGCUGCUCUCGCGCAGGCUCAUCGCCUUCCUAGAGAGCCUGCCAUGCAAUCAGGAGCCUUCGCCGGGGGAGCCCCGACGCGGCGCUAUCGUCAUCGCGCACAGCCUAGGCGGUCUCAUCACCCGACACGCGGUCAACGAGCGACCAGAUCUCUUCGCCGGAGUCGUAUACGCAGGCGUACCACAGCACUGCGUGAACAUCCUCGGACCACUCCGCAAUGGCGAUGACGUCCUCAUCAGCUCCCGCGUGCUAACAGCCCAACAAAAGGAAUUCCGCAUCGACUUCUUCAACGCUCAAACCUGGGAAGACUACCGUCUCUCCCCUUGCAUGGCUCCAGCUCUCCCCGUACCCCCAACACCCACCACCCUCGGCUUCAAAGACAUCCCCAUAAUCGGCAAGCGCUUCUCCAUGGGUCCUCGCGAUGACUCCGACGAAUCCAUCACCCAAGACCCACACCACGUCCCGCAAGACGGACACCACUCUGCUACCGCAGUAGAUAAAGACGUCUCCGCGCGCAACAACAACUCACCACACAGCGCGGCCGCAUACGCCGCAUACGCAUCUGAAAAAGCCCACGACCCAGCCGACGACUUAGUCGGACCAGGCGCACACCCACGCAGCAGCACCACCGCAACCUCCAAAAUCGCCACGACGUGCACCAUCCCGCACGCCGCCGCGAGGGAGUACCUGGAGCGCACGCUGGCAGAGACAAAGCGGUUCAAGGAGAACCUGGCGUUCCGGCCGACACUCCACUCGGAGAACAGGUACCCGCCUGCCGCUGUGCUGUACGGAAAGACGCUGCCGACUGUGUACGGAGCGCGAGUUGUGUCGCGUGAGACUAUCAAGCAGGUUGAUGCGUACGAUGAUCUUGCGUUUGCGGCUGGUGAUGGUGUUUGUCUUGCUUCGGCUGCUAUGCUGCCGCCUGGAUAUAGGAUUAUUAAAGAUGGGCUGGUGAAGAGUGAGCGGGGUCAUGUUGGGUUGCUUGGUGAUCUUGAGGGCGUUGGGCAGUGUCUCAAGGCUAUUCAUCGGGGCAGGAAGGAGGGGGUUGGAUUGGGGGAGAAGAACAUAUAA